GCCGUCUGAUGUCUGUCGGUCAUGGAGACACGGAUUGUCCGAAGGGAAUAUCUCAGACAGGCAAUGAAGCAGUACAUAAACAGCAAUUCAUGACCGCUGGAAUGUAGUCCACGCAGGCGAACAGUCUUUCAACAGUGAUAUCAAGCAUCAUCAUGCAGUUCACUAGCUUCGUUGCGCUUGUGCUCGCCGCUUCGGCCUCGGCGCUCAAUAUCACCGUUCUCCAGCACGGUGUGCCUCUGGCCCCUAGCCCGCUGCCUCUUCCUGGUGCAGCCAAGGACUGCGAUGAGAUCGUUAACGCGUUCUCCCAUCUUGGGAGGACGACGGUUUGGAACCUUGUGCAGAAGAUCAAAAUGCAGGGUGAUACUUACGAGCCCGAGGGCCUUGUUCGCAUCGGUGACGACCGCUUCUUCGUCUCCGCCGGCGAGUACACUGCACCCACGACCUCGUACGGAAACGGCACAAUCAUCAACGGCACUGAUCGUCAGCCCGGUGCCGGCUUUGCCCACAUCAUCAUCUUCGAUGGGAACGGCACUCGCAUCGCCGACGCGACCCUGACCCAGGAAGGUGCGAUCGAGUACCACAACGGCGGCAUCGACUACGACGGCAAGUACAUCUGGGCUACUAUCGCCCAGUAUCGGGCGAACGCCACUGCCACGCUCGUGCGCAUCGACCCCCUCACGAUCGACAUGACCACCAUUCUGCAUAUUGCUGACCACCAGGGCGGUGUGGUGCACGACGUAGACACUGGCAACCUGCAUAUGCUCAACUGGGGCAGCCGGAAUGCCUCCACCUGGAACCUCAACUACGUCGCUGCCCCGUACCCGGAGUUCACUCGCCCUCGUGCGAUCACUCGCAACCCGUCGUACUACGCCGACUACCAGGACUGCAAGUUCCUCGGCCACCCAGCCCAGUUUGACUACCGCGGGGUGAUGCUCUGCUCUGGCGUGACGGGCAUCUACGGGACGCAGAUCGGAGGCAUCGCUAUCGUCGAUCUGAAGACUAUGGUCCCGCUCAUGGAGGUGCCCAUCACGAUGAUCAGCGACCUUGGCGUGCUCGUCACCGAGAAUCCUGUCGACGUCGCUAUGGUCGACGGCAAGCUCCGUGUGUACUUCAUGCCUGACCAGCAUAACUCUACUCUCUACGUGUACGAGCCUACUGCUGCGAGC